AUGCCAUCUUCGUGUCCUGAGUCUGGCCUCGUAGACGAAUCGGCAACGGUACGCGUUAAUCUCUUGGACGGCGGCAGUUUCUCAACAGCAGAUAUGUCUAAAUUACACGCGAACGCGGAGCCAAACUUGUUCCGUCUAUACGACUGGUGUUUCCAUGUCUUUCAUCCAGGUUCUGGCCGUCACAUUCUUUGGGAUGUUGGCAUCAGCUCGGAUCGAUCAGCUUAUACGCCUAUGGUACUGGACGUACAAUGGGAAAGCGCGAAUCCCGUCGGCCCUCAAAAGACCCUACAUGAGCAGCUCGAAGCACUGGACAGCAGCUAUGGACAGAUAGACACUGUGAUUUUCAGUCAUGCACAUUGGGAUCAUUGCCGGCCUAUCCAAGAAGAGUUCCCCAAAGCCAAAGGACUUUUUGGAGGAGGUACCAAGACACACUGUUCGCCUGGACAUCUAGACGACGGAGUCGCGACGAGCAAGAGUCUCUGGGAUGGGAGGUUCUUCGAUAGCGAUGGGUAUGCUUCAGAAAACUGGGCAGAGAUCACAGGUGAAUGGAAGCAAUUCGGACCAUUCGAGAGAGCUUUAGACUUUUUCGGAGACGGUUCAUUCAUGAUCAUAGACGCACCCGGUCAUAUGCCUGGAAAUCUCGCUGCUGCAGCACGCUUGAGUUUGAAUGGGAGUGCGUCCUCUUGGAUCCUCCUGGCGAGCGACUGCUGUCAUUCAAGGCAGCUACUGAAUGGACAAGCAGACUUCGCUUUUUUCGAUAUCCCGGGGGGUAAAGCAUGCUUACACGAAGAUGUGAACGCAGCCGAGGACACUAUACGGCGAUUGCGAGAGGCUGAAGACGGGCAUGGAAUGCAUAUUGCUAUGGCACACGAUGUCGAAUGGUUGCGACAGGGCAGUGACGAGGUGCUCAUGUCCGUCCUUCCAACUACAAACCGAGAACAAUUUUUGCGAGCUGUACGUGCUGGGGAGGCGCCUUGAUGGGGUCGCUAAUCACUGUCGGUUUGAGCGCACAUAGCACUCACAGUGAUGGAGAAGUAUCGAGGAUGGCACGCGCGUCUUAGAGAGAUUGUUCAAGCUUGCAAG